AUGGAAUCAGUUUUCUCUGCUACUACUUCUCGAUCCUCAUCCUUCUGUCACUCAAGACCAUCGUCAUUAACUCCGAUACCAAAACGUUUUCGUCCAGUUGAGCCAUGUCGCUAUAUAGAUCCCAUUGAUUCUGUACCAUGCACCAGCGAAGCAUUUUUACCUUGUGUGUGUUGUGAUGAGUACGUGUGCUUAGAACAUAUGCUCGAACAUCAAAAUUUAGUUAAAGUUGAACGUGAUAAACUGUUAGAAAAAGCAAAUGAAACCUAUGUCAAAUUAUCAGCAAUUGAACUCGUUGAUAAUCGAACAAAAUUAUAUGCACCAUUAAGUAAAUGGAAAAUAGAUGUGACUGAAAAAUUACAAAAAAUAUAUGAUGAAAAAUUCCAUGAAAUAAAUCAGCUCUAUGAAGAAAUGGGUAAUGAAUUUGAAGCCAAAAAAAACAAAUAUUUGACACAUUUCAAUGAACAAUUAUUACAUCAAAUGAAUAAAUUAUCGAAUAAAAAAGAUUUUUAUCCAACUGAUUUAGAUCAGUUUCGAGAAAAUUUAUUUGAAUUUGAUAAACAUAUCGAAGAUGAAUUAAUAAUUGCUUCAACAUCUGCAACUCAAUCAAUUGAACUUCAGUUCAAUCAUGCAAAUGAGUUUGAUAUGCGAUUAAUUCGUCGAAAACAAGUGUCGGUCGAUGAUUUAGAAAUAACAUUGAAUUCCCCAUGCGUACGUCAAUUUAAGAUAUCUAUUGGUCCCAAUAAUUGCGUACCUGUUUACGAUUCAUCGAUGACAUACAUGUUAGCAUGUUAUGAAUCAGAAAUAAAAUUAUAUGAAAAUGAUAAACAAACAGUGGAAAUUAAAUGGAACAAUGAAGACAGAGGAUCGGUAGUAUGUACAUUAUGGUCAGAGUUACGCCAUGAGUUUUUAAUCUUAGCCAAUAAUGCAUUAUAUGCAUUCAACUGUUUAAUACAACCUUAUCAUUCGUACAAAUUAGAUCAAAUAAAACAAAUUGAGGGUAAAAUAAUGCGUUGGUUAACAAACGUUGGUGAUAAUUUAUUUAUCAAUCAUGGUUUAGGAGCGUAUUUGGAACAUUGGUCAAUUACAAACACUACAUUUCAACUAAUAAAACGGUGGACAAUUGCUGAUUUGUAUGACAAUGAUAAAAAUGAGAUAAAUCGUAUUCAAUUAAAUGAUCAACAAUAUUUGGCUAUGAAUGUUUAUUUAGAACAAGAUGAUGAAGAUGUAUUAGAUUUUGUUGAUAUUUCUGCAAUGACAAAAUUGCGAAGAUUUCGAUCAUGUUAUUGUCUAAUGAAUAUAAACUCAACUGAUAAUCAAUGGUUAAUUAAACACGUUGAUUUAAAUAGCAACAGUAAUAAGAGUUCAUUAUGUUUAAUCGAUACCAUGAUAAAUGGUGAUUUGAAAAAAUUAAAUUUGCAUGAUGAUCGAUCAUCAAAUGAUGUAUGUGUAUGUUUUCAGCUUGGAAAAAAUAUGAUUGUUCUAGGUAAACGAGACUUUAAUGGAUACAUGCUGAUGGAAUUCUAUCAAAUUAAAUUUUAA